CAUGAUAUUGUCACAUAGAACAGCUGUAUAGAAAACAAAGGUUUUGAAAGGGGUGGUUCAUUCGCUUCGGUUCCAGUGACAAAACAAAACCAUCCUUCCACGGUUUCGGAGGCAGGAACUCAGUUGCCCCGCCCAUUCUGGUGACCUCAAUCACUGAGCGUCGGCUGCGCUAAAAGAGGCGGGGCGCAAUGUAGCGGAAAGGAGGAAGCUUUCGGAUGCGUCUUUUAAAAAACCGGAAGUACGCUGUACAGUGAAGCUGGUGAGAGCCUGAGAGGGAUGUGUCGGGUUGGAGCGAGAAAGGAGGUGGUGCUGGUGAGGGCUUCAUGUCAAAUCGAUGCCUUCGGGCAGCUGCUCAUUCCCCUCUGCCAAUGGUAGACUAUUUAGUAAAUGUCCAAUAACUCGUCGUGAAUGAGUCAGAUCACAGUUAUCAUUUAUACCAGGGGUGUCCAAACUUUUUGCAACAAGGGCCAGAUUCAGUGAGGUGAAAAUGUAUGAGGGCCGAUCAUUCAACCUGACAUCUAUUCCGAGAAACAUUAACAUAUUUACUGCAGCUUUUUCGUGGAAAAAUUACCAUGGAUGACUUGGAAAACAUCAUCUUUAAUUCUGUGGAGGAAGAGAUAAUUUACUGGAAAAGUGUGGCCAUGAAAUAUAAGCAAUGCUCUGAGGAAGCCCAACAAGAGCUGCAGGAGUUUCAGGAGGCCAGCCGAGAAUAUGAGGCCGAGCUAGAGGCUCAACUUCAGCAGACAGAGGGACGAAAUAGAGACAUUUUCUCUGAAAAUAACCGCUUGCGAAUGGAACUUGACUCCAUUAAGGAAAAGUAUGAGGAGCAGCAUUCAGAAAACUAUAUACAGAUAUCUACACUUGAGGGAGAUCUCUCAACAACCAAAGCAGUCCGUGAUCAGCUGCAGAAAUACAUCCGGGAGCUGGAACAAGCUAAUGAUGACUUGGAGAGGGCUAAGAGGGCUACAAUAAUGUCUUUGGAGGAUUUUGAGCAGCGCUUAAAUCAAGCCAUUGAGAGAAAUGCCUUCCUUGAAAGUGAGCUGGAUGAAAAGGAAAAUGUUCUGGAAUCUGUGCAGAGACUAAAGGAUGAAGCUCGAGAUCUGAGACAGGAACUGGCUGUGCAGCAGAAGCAAGAGAAGCCUAAAUCCAAUAUGGUUAGUCCUGAAACCGAGCGAAUGGACACAUCUGUUCAAGCUUCAAUAGCCAUUCCCUUGGCUCCUUUAACGCCAUUAAGUCAAAGAGGAUGUGCUUCCACUCUGAACUCCCCGCUGUCAUUCAAAACAAGUUGGGAUGAUGGCUAUAGCGGCACCCCACUAACACCGUGUGCACGGAUAUCUGCUUUGAACAUAGUAGGAGAUCUGCUUAGAAAAGUUGGGGCUCUGGAGUCUAAGCUGGCAUCUUGCAGAAAUUUUGUACACGAGCAGUCUCCAAACAGACCGCUUACAUCCGUGUCGGCUCGAAUGAACAAAACUAGAGAAGGAAUUGAAAACCGAUUAAGUAUAGCCAGUGGAUCGUCUGUUGAAAAGGGAUUAAUAAAGCGACUGGAAUUUGGGUCAUUACCUUCAAACACACCUAUGCAGGGGAUGCGCUCUCCUCAAGGGGUAGUUAAGAUAAUAAUUUAGAAACGACAGGCUGUAAUUUAUUGUUUUUAUUGGAAUUUUACCAUGGACACUAAGCACUGGACUCGCAUCAUGCAGCACGGAUACUGGACUUCUAUGAGAGUUGGUAGGAGUGCGUGAGCUGCUAGAACAUGGACCAUUUUUAUUUUCACUGUUACUGACUUACUAAACCACUGUUUACAGUUAGCAUAUAUAUAGUCUGGGAAAGUGGUACAGAGUUGAAUUAGAAUAGUGUGCCAUAUUUCAGUACCUGGCAUGUAUUUAGAUUUCUAGAUAGUAGAUUUGUUGGGAGGUAUGUAUGUCCUUUUGGGCAGAAACAUACUCUGCUCUGAUUGCAAGAACUCUGCGGUGCAUGGCCAUUCUCCAACCCUUCUGUCUUGUGACCUAUACAUAUAAGUAGAUCUACUCAUGUGUGACCAACUGAACAUGGCUGUGCAACACUGCUGGGACUAGUUACCUAUGAAUAUUACCUUGAAUUCCAGGGAAAAACAUAAGAGAGGCUAGUAGAUAAAAAUAAAUCACCUGAUUACAUCUCCAAGCAUGACCAAAAUGUUUGGUUUCGUGGUCUUAAAGGUUGAGUUCACCAUUUUAAAGUAACCGGUCAACUGUUUUAAUGUGCUUUUUUUUUUUUUUUUUUAUUAUUACUGCUGACCUUCUAUGUUGCAUUGUUACAGAAAUGUAAAGUCCAACUUUUGUUGUUUGGGUCACUGAUUUCUUUGUGAAGCUAUGUUUAUUAUUAAUGCUUUAUUUAUUUUUCAUUCCCUCUCCUGUGCUUUCUUUCAAGCAGUUUCUAGGGACUGUAAAGCUGGCCAUAGAUGCAAAGAUCGGACUUAUCGGACCCCCCCAUCUCCCAACCUGCCACUAACUUUUCAGAUUAAGUGAAGUAGUAAAAGAACAGAUCAGCCAAUGUUCUGCCCCUGACAGCAAUCGUACGAAAGUUAUGUCCGACAAAAGUCUCCCACUGUUAUCGUCAGAUUGGCAAUACAUGCAGAGAUAUCGUCAGCCGACAAAUUUUCUAUCCUGUCCAAUCAACUGAACACUCCACACAUGAUCCAAAAAUCGUAGGAGUUGAGUAUUGGUAAGAUCUGAUCUUUGCGUCUAUGGCCAUCUUAAGUCCUAGCAUCCAGCUAUUCAUAUACAUUCCAAACUGGGCAGAUGCAGAACAAAAGGUGGUAACAUUCAAAGCCCACAAAGACCAAUUGAAGAUUGUUUAAAAAAUGUCACUGUUUACAUUAUUCUCAUUGUUUUACAUUUUGCCUACCCCGUCUUGUUUUGUAGCAUUCAAAUUAUGGAUGCGUUAAUGGCAGAGCUCACCUCCUUAUGGAAGCGUCUCCGAGCUGGUCGCAGCUCUUGCGAGAAUUCAGCAACUUCAAUCCGAAAUUUACAAUGCUUCCCAACGCUCUUACCCGCAUCUAGCGCUGACCAGUAUAUCCACCAGAGUCGCUGCUGAUAAUAUGAAUGAGGCUUUAUUAGAACAUACAGUGGGACAUUGUUGUGGCAGUGGGUGUCCAAAUAAUACUUGUGCGUUUCGUGCCUACAUAUUUGGGAGCGCGCAAGUUUUAUCUGUACACCCACUGCCAAAACAAUGUCGCGCUGUGUGUUCAAUAAAGCCACGUUGAUAUUACUAGUAGCGACUCUGGUGUAUAUACUGGUCAGCGCUAGAUGCGGGCAAGAGCGUUGGGAAGCCCCGUCUUGUUUUGGCCUGUGAAGUUUUUUGCUCAAGUACUUAUUCAAGGAGGUUAGGUGCCUUUGACUUCAUAUUAUGCCCACACUCUUUAACUUGUUUACAUGUCUAUUUAUACUUUAUUUUGCCUCAACACACCCUUAGUAAACUGUAAAAAAGAGACAUGAUUUUUUUUUCUCAUUUAGGCAGAUUUUGGUUUUCAAGUAGAGGUUUUACUGCUUGAGGCAUAGCAGAAAGUUUUCAUAGACAACUGCAUUGUCUAUGACUAGUGCAUAAUGUAAUUAUGAUGUUGUUGUUGUUGUUGUUGUUGUUGUUGUUGUUACCAUGCCCUUAACAUAUGAGUACCAAGUCCAUCCACUCUGGUUACAGGAGUGUGUAACUUUAGUGUAGCACAUGCUCACAAUGAGAUGCGGUUGGGCAUGCACUUCUUCUGCUGAUAUCCUGGGUAAAUAUCAGAAAACAGCAGAAUUUUAAAAUGAUAAAAAUGAAACUGUAUUUAAAGGAGACCUAAAGCUGAACAAAGAAUUAGGCUUGAAACUUUUAGGUUAAGCUUGAGUACCAGCCCCACGCUGCAACAUCCCUUUAACAAUGAAUAUAUGUGGCUCACAGAUUACAAUUCACAAUGCGAGGCUGAUUACACGUUAUCCUCAAAUUGAAUCUACAUUGAUAAUCUGCUUUUUAGUUUCUGAGGCAGAGACAGACGAGAAAGAUUUGGGGAGACUUAGUUGGCCGGCGACAAAUUGCCUCUUCUUCGGGUGACUUAUCUCCCCCAACUGCCUCCCCAUCAGAAUCUAAAUCGCCGGAGGGAUGGUACUCGGAGCACUUCGUUUUCCGUAGUCGCCUGAAGUUGCCUCACAAGGAAAGUCCAGGAGCCGGCGAUUUCGAUUCUAGCCGGCAGGAGAUUAGUCGCUGCACUUAACUGCAAGUUCUGCUAAUGUUUUUAUGAUUUCUUGUGUCCCAUAAGCUUAAUUUCUCAACAGCAGCCCGGAGCACAUGUUUUGUCAGUGACGUGUAUGGAUUAUUGCUGGUUUAGGGUCACUGGGCUUCUCUGCAGAUACAGUAAACUCAGAAUAUAAUGUAUAGCAUUUCUUUGCUUUUUCUUUUUAGCUUUAGUUCUCCUUUUAAAAGUAUAUACAUAGUUCAUGUUGAAAGCGCUUCAGCAUCUCCUUCUACGGCAGUGAUCCCCAUGGUCUUUUUCAUGCUUGUGUUGCUCUCCAACUCUUUUUACAUUUAAAUGUGGCUCACAAGUAAAAAUGGUUGGGGACCCCUGUUCUACGGUAUAUGCUCUUUUCCUAUUGAGAGCACUUCUGCAACUUUUGCUUACUGCGCAUUAGUUGUAAAUAAUAAAAUCAUUCUCUGGGG